CACACACACACACAUUUACUCCCCCUCCACCUGUUCUUCUCUUCCGGCCCCAACAAACUCCCUCUCCCUCUCUCUCUCUCUCUCUCUCUCCAUGCCAAACAAUAAGCCGUUAUAUAUAUUUUCACCACCAUGGCUCAUCUCUCUCUCUAUGCCCUUGAAAUGCAACUCAUCUAAGCUUCUGUCUCAAGCCUCACUUUAAUCUCUUCCUUUACAAUCUCUCUCUCUCUCUUGAGUUCUGUGUAUUAAUCCUUCACUGAACUCAAAUUCUCUGUUCCGAUCUCUAUCCUCUUUCUUUCUCUGCAACUGUUUCAGUCUGAUCUCCUGAUACUGCGAUUCUCUAGGUUUCUACGAUUUGGAGCUUCGAUCAAUGCUUUGUAGUAAGUUUGUAGCCACUCCAUUCUAACAAUCAAUCUCUGAAGCUCAACACGUACACACACAGAAAGAUGUUCGAUCUCAAUGUUGCUAUAGUCUCUGUUGAUUUAACUGAAACGAAGAUCACAGCUGAGAAUCUUCCAGAAGAAGCCAAAACUCAAACCGAUGAUUCCGAGACUUCGAUUUCCUCCAUCGUCAACGCCGACGAAUCUCCAACCAAUGCUGCCGACGAAUACUCGAGCUCCACUCACAGCAAGCCCCCAAACUCCAUCUUUACUCUCGAUUUCGGUGGUAUCUUAAACAAAAACAAGGGAAAUAGUAUUAUUGGAAUCAAAGAUGGAUGCAAUGGGAAUUUGGCCUUGGAGAUUGUUACGAAGCAGCUUUUGCCGGUGGCCGGAGAGUUUGGUUCCGGAUCUUCGUCCGCGAUGUCGUUGUUGAGGCCUCAGUGGUUGAAUCUAUCGGUUUCGGAGUCAAAUGGAGGAUCGGCGUUGGGGAUUUGGCAGCAGCAAAAGCAGCAGGUGAAGAAGAGCCGACGGGGACCGAGGUCUCGGAGCUCACAGUAUCGUGGCGUCACGUUUUAUCGGAGGACUGGUCGAUGGGAAUCACACAUCUGGGAUUGUGGGAAACAAGUGUAUUUGGGUGGAUUUGAUACUGCUCAUGCUGCAGCCAGAGCCUAUGAUCGGGCUGCAAUUAAGUUUCGGGGAGUUGAUGCUGACAUCAACUUCAACAUAAGCGAUUAUGAAGAAGAUAUGAAACAGAUGAAGGACUUGACAAAAGAAGAAUUUGUUCAUAUUCUUCGUCGCCAUAGCACUGGAUUCUCACGCGGAAGCUCGAAAUACAGAGGAGUAACGCUGCACAAGUGUGGUCGAUGGGAGGCUCGUAUGGGUCAAUUCCUUGGAAAGAAGGCUUAUGACAAAGCAGCCAUCAAAUGCAAUGGAAGGGGAGCAGUCACUAACUUUGAGCCUAGUACCUAUGGAGGGCAGAUAAGUUUGGAUUCCAUUGGUGGAGGCAGUGAUUGCAACCUUGACCUGAACCUGGGAAUUUCUCCCCCUUCAGAUUGUCCAAAGGGGAAUGAAAAUGUCAGUAAUUUGGACUUCCACUGUGCAGCUUGUGAAUUGCCUUGUGGAAAAAAACCAAAGCUUCAGAGCUCUACUUCUGCUGCUAAAUGUGGGCAAACUCCUCAUGCUCUAACAACAGAGGUAUCCAAGCACCCUCCUACAUGGUCUAAUGUGUAUUCUGGUUUCUCACCACACUACGAGGAAAGUGCAAUGGGAAAGAGGAGUGAAGCCAUUUCUUUGCCAGGAUUAGCACACUGGGCAUGGCAAAUGAAAAACCAUGGCGUUGUCACCCCGGUUCCACAGUUUUGUGUUGCAGCAUCAUCAGGAUUCUCUUCUAAAACCACAGCCAUUAUGGAAAACCCUUCUUCCACCAGACACACCAUAAAAGACUGCUCACCAUCACUACCACCCAACGCCGCACAUGCCCUCCAACGUACCUCCCAGUACUACAAUCACAGGAGCUAAAGCAUCAUUAGUGCAGCAACUUGCCUCCAUUAUGCUUGGAGGUAAGCUGGGCAAGCAAGCCACUCCAAUUGGAUUAGUGUAGGUGUUUCAUUUCUAUUUUGUGUGUGUGGUAUAUAAUAUGAAACAUAAAUUCAGCAUACAUAUGAUAUUGGUGUAUAGAUUGAUAUAAUGCUCCGAACCUGCUACCUUAAGUAUCAUUUUACCUUCAUAUCUUACCCUCCUCCUUUUGGCAACUGGGCCAUGCCAUGGGGCAGAUAGAUUUAAGAGUUUGCAAGUCUGGGUGGUUUUCUUUAUCUACUAUGGGAAGAAAAUGUUUUCUGCACUGGGUAGACCAUGUCAAAGUAUAGACUGUAUAGUGGUGUGCCAUGGCAUGCUAUGACUUGUUAUAACAAUAUUUGUGAGCACAGCAA